AUGUACUUUAACGUGACUGAGUCAUUCAAUGCUUGGAUCAAGGAGGCACGCCACCUCCUUGUAUGCAACAUGGUUGACUCGAUUAGGUUCAAACUGAUGAAUAUGAUGUGUGAUCGCCAACAACACUGCCACAAAUGGGAGACUCACCUUUGUCUAGAUAUACACAAGAUGAUCGAAGAUACAGUGGAAGAAAGUCGGUGUUUGCUUAUAGGUCAUUCUAACAGGGUGCAAUUUGAAGUGAUAGACAAUCAAAGCAACCUUGUUAACUUACACGAUGGAACAUGCUCUUGCAAACGUUGCAAAGUGUAUGGCCUACAGUGUAAACAUGCUUGUGCGGGCAUCAUGCAGACAGAUACCAAUGUUCACUGGUUCGGUGAUGACUAUUACAUUAUCGGCAUGUACAAUAUAGUGUACGGUAACCUAAUUUAUCCUAUCCCAGACCAUGACAAACUAAUGGAUAAUUACAAAGAUCUUCGUCUUCGGCCACCUAUAACAAGGAGACGGCCAGGGAGACCAAGGCGUCGAAGGAUUGAGUCACAAACUUUUAACAAAUGGAAGUUGCACUAUAGUCGUUGUAAUGAAGUUGGCCACAAUUGA